GUCUGGUUCACAGCAAUACCAACAUGGAUCAGGGGGUCUAAAGCAGCAUGGCAGUGAUCCAGAUGGACAGAGCAGUAAGGCGCUUGGAGCCAUGGAAGAUCGCAGUCAUUGUUGUGUCAGUGAUAGUAGCCUUAGCCCUCAUCAUUGGCUUGAUUACAUUUCUUUUGUGCCAUGAUCAAGACAGAUAUUACAAUGCAUCUUUCCUAAUCACCAAUGUCAAGUAUAAUCCUCAGUAUGAAAGGCAAACUACAGAGGAGUUCAGGAACAUCAGUGAACAUAUUGAAACCAUGAUGUCUCAAGUAUUCAGGGGGUCCUUUCUAAGUAAAAGAUACAUCAGGUCCCACGUGGUCAGUCUAAGCCCAGAUCCUGUUGGAGUGCUUGCAUCUGUUGUUCUGGUAUUUAAAUUUCCCUCUGCUGACAGUGAAGCAACGACCCGGGGUCAGGUCAACCGUGUGUUACUCAGAAGGCUGAAAGCAAUCUCGACGUUCCUGAAUGUUGACCAGUCUACCAUUAAACUCACAGAACUGAACAAGGAAAAGGGAGAUAACCUUUUAAACAACUGCUGUGGAAUACGAAGACAGGCAUCCUCCUUCACAGGAGUGGAAAGAAUAACUGAUGGGCAGCGUGCACCGGAGGGAGAAUGGCCAUGGCAGGGGAGCAUUCAGCUCGAUGGGAGCCAUCGCUGUGGGGCAUCAAUCAUCAGUAACACCUGGCUGGUGACUGCUGCCCACUGCUUUAGAGAAGUAAGAGACCCUCGGAGGUGGACUGCCAGCUUUGGAAUUCUGCUGAGACCUCCAAAACAGAAAAAAUUAGUCCGCAGAAUUAUUGUCCACGAGAGAUACGGUGGCGUUCUCCUUGAUCACGAGUAUGACGUGGCUGUUGUGGAACUUGCCUCUCCUAUUGAGUUCACAAGUGAUGUGCACAGUGUCUGCCUUCCUGAAGCAUCUCAUGUUUUCCCAGACAACGCUUCCUGUUUUGUCACUGGCUGGGGAGCUUUGGAGAAUGAUGGCUACAGUGUUAAUCAGCUUCGACAAGCAGAAGUGAGAAUUAUAAGUACUGCAGUUUGUAAUAGGAGAGAAGUGUACGGCGGAGCGAUAACAGCUGGAAUGUUGUGUGCUGGAUACUUGGAAGGGCAGGUGGAUGCUUGCCAGGGCGACUCUGGUGGGCCACUGGUGCAUGCAAAUUCCAGAGGAAUCUGGUAUCUUGUGGGAAUAGUGAGCUGGGGAGAUGAAUGUGGCAAGCCAAAUAAACCAGGAGUAUACACACGAGUGACUUACUAUCGAAACUGGAUCCAGUCCAAAACGGGCAUCUGA